AGAAGAGAAACAAAACAAUCUCGGAAGAUAGCUUAAACGAUUAGCUAUACUUAAUCGACAAACCUUUUUAAGAUAAUUUUAAUAAUACCCUGUCUGAAAAGGACAUUUUUGUCAUUCAAUUAAACUUUUUCAAUAUAGGUAACUAGCUAACUUCGAACUUCGGUGCAGCCAGCAACAAACAUCGUUGAUCCUCCACAGGCAGGCAUAACAGGAUCUUCAAAUUCCUCGAUAUCCAGUAAUUCCAUUACCAACAAUGCUACAACUAAUAUCAGUGGCAUCCCUUCUGUUGCAAUAAGUAAUGCUCAAACUUCAGCUGCCAUGGCCCCACCAUCUGACACAUCAGUGUCCAACGGCAUCUAUAUGCCGAGUGGCAUUUCCAAUGGUGAUGUGAAGCCUGUAAUCAACAGCACUCCACUGGCUGAUUUUCUCAUGCAGUUGGAGGAUUACACUCCUACAAUCCCUGAUGCAGUGACCGGCUACUAUCUCAACCGGGCUGGCUUUGAGGCAUCUGAUCCGCGAAUAAUCCGUUUGGUCUCCCUAGCAGCUCAGAAGUUUAUCUCAGAUAUUGCUAAUGAUGCCCUGCAGCAUUGUAAAAUGAAAGGUACUGCCUCGGGGAGCUCCAGGAACAAGACAAAGCAGGACAAGAAGUAUACAUUGACCAUGGAGGACCUCUCCCCUGCGCUGUCCGAGUAUGGCAUUAAUGUGAAAAAACCUCAUUACUUCACAUAGGCAAUUGGCUUUUGCAGGGUGGCAGCUUCUGCAUGUUUUUGCUCCAAAAACCAUCUAUGAUCAUGGCCAUAGAAUAUUAACCAGUCUCUGUUUUGUUUAUUUUAAGUAGAACAAGUUUUGCUUUGUGUGGAAUUUUGAGCUUGUAUUUUAUUUUUUGGGAGACAAAUAAAACAUUCACUGACUUAUUUCAGAUUGUGUUUUCCUACUAUUUCAUGUAUGUACUGUAAUAAACCUGGGUAUUUGUUGGGGGUAGUUUGUAUAAGGGAACUCAUCUACAGAUGUUAUGUAAAUUACUGCCCUUUUUCAUAUCAUUCUAUAAAGCUGUCCCAUAUUUAUUUUACUAAAAACACAUUUAAAGACUAGAAUAAUUGUAAUCUGUAUGCAAAAAGUGUGGAGAAUAUGAUUUAGCAUGACUAAUAUUUCAAGAAAUAUGUAAAUUAC